GUCAUUGUCAGGAAACACAGCCGAGCCCAAUCGGCUCCACCAGUCCACCGCCAGCCAAUGACUGCCCCCGUCUGAGAAGCAGCCAGGGAGGAUGGCACGGAUGGGGAGACAGAUUCUGGGCUUCGCCCUGGCGGCGCUGGGCUUCGUGGGAACCAUCGCCGCCUGCGCCCUCCCCAUGUGGAAGGUGUCGGCCUUCAUCGGCUCCAACAUCGUGAUGGCGCAGAUCUUCUGGGAGGGGCUGUGGAUGAACUGCGUGGCGCAGAGCACGGGUCAGAUGCAGUGCAAGGCCUACGACUCCAUCCUGGCCCUGCCGCAAGACCUUCAGGCUGCCCGCGCCCUGGUGGUGGUCUCCAUCGCCGUGGCGGUGGUCGCCGCCCUGCUGGGUGUCGCCGGGGCCCACUGCACCACUUUCAUCCGGGACCCGGCCUCCAAGGGCAGGGUGGGCGUGGGCAGCGGCGUGGCCUUCAUCGCUGCCGGUGUGCUCUGCCUCAUCCCUGUCUGCUGGUCGGCCUCCUCCAUCAUCACUGGCUUCUACAACCCCCUCGCCUCCAACGCCCAGAGGGGGGAGCUGGGCGCCGCCAUCUACAUUGGCUGGGGGGCGGGGGCCCUGCUAGUCCUCGGGGGGGGCCUGAUCUGCAGCAGCUGCCCCCCUUCUUGAGAGAGAGAGGUGCAUUGUGGGCCACGGAAGCCUAGAAGUCAGCCAGGAAGGCCCAAGAGUGAAACUGCUCACAACGGCUGAGGAAAAAGACAUUUCAGAAUGAUUUUUAUAGUCUUUUAUAGUUUUAAGCUAAACGCUAAGCCUUACAUAGCGUUUUAAGUUCAUGCAAACUGCAGAAUUGUCCCUUGUAGUCUGUAGGAGUGUAUGCACCAUGAUUAUGCACAUAAAUUUGAAAUAAAUGUAGAUGAACUGCUUUGA